CACUGGGUUUCUUCUGUGGGAGAAAUGGCGAGAGAAAUUUUUGUACUGAUCUUCCUCAUGACAGUGGGGAAUUUAGCCCAUUGUCAGGAAUGGGAGAAUCUUUUCUUCAUCAAGAUGGAAGUAUUACUGGAGAAGCAGGAAGCAGCCUUAGUGAAGCAAGAAGCAGCUUUGAGCCAGCUGAAGGGUAUGCAGGAGAAACAGGAACAGGUCGAAGGCAAACUUCAAGAAAUGCAGGAGAAACUUCAAUACAUCGAAAUUAACCUUCAAGAACUUCACCAAGAGAUGGAACACCUGAAAGGUACAGCGACUGACAGCCAGGACUCUCCGCAAAGGAUCCAUCAGGAAACCAAAGGCUGCCUCAGAAGGGAGGACUUGGAACAUUUCAAGAACAUAACAUCAGCAGAACAACAAAAACUGGAGUUUUCCCUUCGCCAGGAAAUAUCUGGGAUCAUCUCUUUGUUGGAGACUGGAGGAAUAGAUGAGUGCUCAGAUGGAAGCCACAACUGCACUGAUUAUGAAGCUUGCGCUGACAAGCUAUUCAAAUAUCAAUGUUCAUGUCUUCCUGGAUUUGCAUGGGAUGGUUCGCGCUGUGAAGACGUCGACGAGUGCGCCCAAGGGAAGGACGAGUGCAGCCCCCUGGCAACAUGCAGGAACUCCGUCGGGAGUUACAGCUGCUCCUGCAACCCACCGUCCGAGGGAGAUGGAAAAACCUGUAUCUGCCCUCCUGGAUUUGCCCAGAAGGAUUCGAAUUGUGAAGACAUCGACGAGUGCACCCAAGGGAAGGACGAGUGCAGCGCCCAGGCGACCUGCAGGAACUCCGCCGGGAGUUACAGCUGCUCCUGCAACCCACCUUUCGAGGGAGAUGGACAAACUUGUGAGUUCCCGUGCAAAAGCCAGGCCAAGUACCUCGAGGGUCUGGGAUGCGUGAAGUUGGUGCCGGAAUGGAAGACCUUUGAGGAGAUGAAGGUCACCUGCCACCAGGCAGGUGGCCAUCUCCUGCAGAACUUCUCUGCUGAACGUUUACAGGAAGUUGCUCGGGUUUUUGGUUAUUAUAGGCCUUGGCUAGGCGUCCAAGAGGGAAAUGGCUUAGAGAACGGACUCCCGCUACAAGAGGAGCUUUGGACGGAAGGUUCCCUGGGAUCAGACCCUUCCGGGAGGAGGGGGCUUUGUGGCAUCUUUGUUCGGGAGGAUUCUUCUUCUACAUACAAAGUGGGGGAACAUGAUUGUUCAUCACAGGCUUGGGGUUACUGCCAGUUCAUAAACCCACAGAAGUAGUCAGUCAACAUAAGGCUGAUCUUCUGUGGGAGGAGAAGGAGGCAGAAUAAAUAAUAAUAAUAAUAAUAAUAAUAAUAAUAAUAAUAAAAUACUAAAAUCUAUAAUCCUUCCUUCUUUGACAACAAAUUAUCGUAUGUUAUAAUAUUCAUUCAUUUAGACUGUUGCUUUUCAUUGACGAUGUUCUUCUGUGUGAACCUCCUCUGAGGAUAUAUUGAUAAUGAUAAUAAUUAAUAAUACUUUAGUGCUUUGCAAAGGUUAGUUCAUAUAUAGAUAACCAUAACCUUUCAUUAUACACUUAUUAGUAUAGGAAAUGUUUGGCAUUAAACAGAAUUGUUAUAAUUCUCUUCAAUGUGACAUUUCAACAAUAUACUAUGCAUGUUUAU